CGCAGGAGAGCCGUCUGAGCUGUUGGAGAUGAAGAUCGACGAGAUUGAAAGAGGCGACUUCGUCGGCAUCAUCAAGGAGGACAGGGAGGUGCGCGCGCUUGCGCUGAACUUCGACCUGAGCGGCGACGUCGUGGCCAAGCUCGACCACGUCGUCGCCCGCCGGGCCGGCCGCAAGGGCGAGGACCUCGUGAGGUUGGAGGCGAUCCUGGAGUACGCGCGGGCGCCGAACGAGACUGCAGACGUCCUCGCGAGGAGCCUGCUCAGCGAGGAGGUGGAGAGCCUCCCAGACCUGGCCGAGGCGGAGGAUGUCAUGAAAAAGUUCGGACUGGACAAGGAUGCGCGGUGCACAUUGGUCGAGAUCGUGCUGGCCCGCGCGGACGACAGCUCCAGGGUGCUCGGGAGGCUGGAGGUCUACCUGGAGGACGCCCGCCAGCCGGGUGCCUCGCUGGCCGCCAUUGCGGGCAAACUGAAGGCGGGCGGCGACGUGCCCGAGGACCCCCCGCAGGAGUUCCGCCGCGAGCGGGCGCGCUCGCGCUCGCGCUCCGGGGCCCGCUCGCGCUCGCGCUCCGGCAGCAGGCAGAGGGGCGCCAAGCAGCGCCAGAGGGGCGCCAAGCAGCGCUGAGGGUCCGUCGGCGGCGCGGGCGGCGCGCGCCGUGUCGCGUAAUUCGCUCCAUCGCCCGUCGUCUGUCGUCGACCUCCGCGCUCGUGGUCCGGUGUCUUUGGUCGUCGGUCUCCGGGCCUUGCUUGUGUGUAUGUGUGUGCAUGGUCGACGCACAGCUACACGCAGUUACGCAGACGGAGUCUCGUACUUGACGAUCUGUCGGGGCAUUUUGUGCGCGCGGCUUGAGUCGGAGAAAGAGGUUCGGCUGGGA